AGCACUGUUGCAAGAUUAGGAGAUUUAAUCUUAGAUCCCAAUGUUGACGAUGGAGCUUCUCCUCAAGAUAUUGCAAUCGAAAAGAUAAUUCCACAUGAACUAUACAAUAGACGGCGUCAUAGUAAUGAUAUAGCUAUUCUGAAACUAGCCACUCCAGCUAAAUUUAACAAGAAUGUUCAACCUAUUUGUUUACCAACUUCACAAAAAUUAAGGACUAAAUUAUUUGUAAAAUAUACUCCUACAGUUAUAGGUUGGGGAACAACUGAAGUAAAUGGACCAUUAAGUAAUGCAUUGAUGGAAGUCGGUCUUCCUAUCGUUGAAAAUAGAGAUUGUAAUCGUUCUUAUUCAUCAUUUCCUGUUACGAUAGAUAACAGUGUAUUGUGUGCAGGGUAUUUCAAAGGAGGAAAAGGUUCAUGCCAAGGUGAUUCUGGAAAUCCAUUAAUGAUACCUCAAAGUGGACAGUGGUAUUCAAUAGGAAUUGUCUCCUUUGGUUAUAAAUGUGGUGAACCUGGAUAUCCAGGCGUCUAUACCAGAGUAACUCACUUUGUCGAUUGGAUAUUAGACAAAAUAAAUAAUAAUUAGUGUUAUAUUAGUUAAAUAAUACUUCAUUAUACUUAAUUAAAAAAAAAUUGAAUACAGAUUUAAAUACUUGAAUUUAUUACUUUUAAUUAAAAACAGAUUUUUACAAAAUGCCA